AUGAAAACCACAGAACCACGAAAGCAAGAAAACACGAAAUCAGGAAAAGCACGAAACCCACGAAACAAGAAAACACGAAAUCAGAAAAGCACGAAAACACGAAAGCAAGAACCACAAAACUUAGCCACAAAAGCACGAAACCCGCUGAAACCCCGAAAGCACGAAAGCCGCACCGAAAACCCCUACGACCCCCUACACCCCUACACCCCUCUACACCCUCUAACACCCUACACCCCUACACCCCUACACCCCUACACCCCUCUACACCCCUACACCCUACACCCCUACACACCCCCUAACCCCAAAAAACCCUACACCCCAAACCCUUACACCCCUUACACCCCUACUACACCCUACACCCCCCUACACCCCUACACCCCUACACCCUCGCCCUUACCCUACACGCCCCUACACCCAUACACCCCGCACCCGAGCCCCGACCCGCGCGAGCGAGUGGCGGCAACACCCUGGGUCAAGUGCUGGAGCUUCUCGUGUGACCUUGGGAAGCCGGGCAAGUUCGCCACCGGUCGAUAG